CCUGGUCAUGUUAUAUGUUAUACACACAUACACAUACAAAUAGAUUAUAAUAAAAUAUAUUGCAUUUAUCAAAGAUGGAAUUAAGCACAAUAUAUAAAGAUAUUUUAAUUAACACAUUACACAAAAACAUUAUAUAUUAAGUGUCAAUUCUGACUUCUGCUGGGCGCCACCAACAUCAGCUCACGAGGAGCUCAAAGGGUUAACCUGUGCUUCUCCUUGAGAGUGAGAGAAGAUUCAUUAUUACACACGCGCAUUCUCCACACACACCGUGUGUAUUUGGAUCUAUCAGCAGAGGCGGUAUCCAAUGCAGAUUUCACGUGAACACAUCAGUAUGCCACAGGAAGGAAUGAUUGCUAUUUCGUUUUAGAAAGAAGCUCACGGCAAAAAAAUCAGAGCAAGGAUGCAUUUCACAUAAAUGAUGCCAUUACUGAUCCAGCUGCCAGCCAGCGAAUAUGAUCUGAUGGCUGUAUCCUCUGGGGGACAGACCGUGGUCCAUUAGUGCUCCAGAUGUCCAAAGAGCACCUCGAUCUCUCCGAAAGGACGCGCCUCGGUCGUGCCCGCGCGGACAGAAAAAGUGUAGACACGGAGCACUCAAGAUGAAAAUUUCAGCCUACUCGUUUCUGACUGUAAAAACCAGGCACUUUGACCCGAGAACGCAGCGUUUUAAUCAAUUAUAAAACGAUUUCCCGGUUUAUUUUUUAACAGUUAACGUCUACUUUCCAUCAGCUGUGUGUUUGUUGUUGAUGUGUCUCGCGCAUUGCUUUGCAACGCCCAUGAUCUCCUCUAGCUGAGGGGGGAAAUGCAAACGGAGGAAAACUUCUGAACAUCAGCUGUGGGCGUCUGUCACCACGUGGACUUGGAUGUGAAGGGUUUUAGUUUGACAGACACGAUGAGCGAUGCCAUGGAUGACUCCGGUAUCAUCCGCCGACGGAGGAUGCAGAAGGAUCUUCCCCUGCCCAGGAAGAGCAGUGGUUGUCGCACCAGUAACCGGAAGAGUCUGAUCUUGACCAGUACGUCGCCCACUCUUCCUCGGCCUCACUCUCCUCUACCGGGACACAUAGGAAGCAGUCCGCUGGACAGUCCCAGGACCUUCUCCCCCAGCGCACCUGCACACUUCUCUUUUGCAUCAUCCAGAAGGGCCGAUGGCAGACGCUGGUCUCUGGCCUCUCUUCCCUCCUCUGGAUAUGGGACCAACACACCCAGCUCAACGUCUUCCAGCUCGUCUCAGGAGCGUCUCCAUCAGCUGCCGUAUCAGCCCACACUGGACGAGCUGCACUUCCUGUCCAAACACUUCGGCAGCACCGAGAGCAUCACUGAUGACGACGGCCGCAGAUCGCCACACGUGCGGCCGCGCUCGCGGAGUCUCAGUCCGGGGCGAUCACCGUCCUGCUACGACAAUGAGAUUGUUAUGAUGAACCAUGUUUAUAAGGAGCGGUUCCCUAAGGCAAAAGCUCAGAUGGAGGAACGUUUGGCUGAUUUCAUCGAGUCGUACUCGCCUGAGAACGUGCUGCCGCUGGCCGACGGGGUCCUCAGCUUCAUCCACCACCAGAUCGCAGAGCUGUCCCGAAACUGCCAGACCAAAUCUCGAGAAGGCCUGAUCACCACCGUUUACUUCUACGAGCUGCAGGAGAACCUGGAGAAACUCCUGCAUGAGGCCUAUGAGCGAUCAGAGAGCUCGGAGAUGACCUUCAUCACAGAGCUGGUGAAGAAACUCUUCAUCAUCAUCUCCCGCCCUGCCCGACUGCUUGAGUGUCUGGAGUUUAACCCUGAAGAGUUCUACCACCUCCUGGAGGCCGCAGAAGACCACGCUAAAGAGGGCCAGCUGAUGAAGACGGACAUCCCGCGGUACAUCAUCAGCCAGCUCGGCCUGACCAGAGACCCUCUGGAAGAAAUGGUGAAUUUGGAGAGCUAUGACAGUGAGGGCCCACACACGCCGGAGACGGACGACUCUGCUGAAGGGAAGCUCAGAGCCAUCAAACCGCCCUGUGAAUCAGACUUCCAGACUAUCAAACUCAUCAGCAACGGAGCGUACGGGGCUGUGUAUUUGGUCAGACACAGAGAGACACGCCAGCGCUUUGCCAUGAAGAAGAUCAACAAACAAAACCUGAUCCUGCGGAACCAGAUCCAGCAGGCGUUCGUGGAGCGGGACAUCCUGACCUUCGCUGAGAACCCCUUCGUGGUCAGCAUGUUCUGCUCUUUUGAGACGCGCCGUCACCUGUGUAUGGUUAUGGAGUAUGUAGAGGGCGGCGACUGUGCAACGCUUCUGAAGAAUAUCGGAGCUCUUCCUGUGGAGAUGGCUCGGAUGUACUUUGCUGAGACCGUUUUGGCGCUGGAGUACAUUCAUAAUUAUGGCAUCGUACACCGAGACCUGAAACCAGACAAUCUGUUGAUCACGUCGAUGGGUCACAUUAAGCUGACUGAUUUUGGCCUGUCAAAGAUGGGGCUCAUGAAUCUCACCACUAACCUGUACGAGGGACACAUCGAGAAGGACGCCAGGGAGUUCCUGGACAAACAGGUGUGUGGCACACCAGAGUAUAUUGCCCCAGAGGUCAUUCUCAGGCAGGGCUAUGGGAAACCAGUGGACUGGUGGGCCAUGGGGAUCAUCCUCUACGAAUUCCUAGUGGGCUGUGUGCCGUUCUUCGGAGACACCCCUGAAGAGCUCUUUGGUCAGGUGAUCACUGAUUAUAUUGAGUGGCCUGUAGGAGAUGAGGCGUUGCCUAGUGAAGCUCAGAGCCUGAUUUCUGACCUGCUGCAAACCAACCCAGUGGUGCGACUGGGCACAGGUGGAGCGUUUGAACUGAAGCAGCACUCGUUUUUCUCGGGAUUGGACUGGAACGGUUUACUCCGACAGAAGGCCGAGUUCAUCCCUCAUCUGGAGUCUGAGGAGGACACCAGCUAUUUUGACACGCGGUCCGAGCGCUAUCGGCACAUCAACUCCUACGACGAGGACGACACCAACGACGAUGAGCCGGUGGAGAUAAGACAGUUUUCUUCCUGCUCACCGCGCUUUAGCAAGGUGUACAGUAGCAUGGAGCACCUGUCCCAGCUGGAGCAGAAGUCUCCCGUAGUCACCCGCCGAGAGCACAAAGGUCGCCGCGAUGACAAGAUGGCCAAGCGGGAAAGUCUGGGAAGCUUCAGCAUGAGGGACAAGAGCUGGAGGACGAGCUCACCUGAGAUGAAACGUCUGUCAUGCUCUGAGUCGCUGUAUAUGGAGGGAGACUUCAGUCCUCCGAUGGGUGCCCGGCGCCGCUUUUCAGCCCUAAUGGACACGCACCGGUUUGCGGCUCCUCAAGAGGGCGACGGAGAGCUCUCCGCACGACAGGGCGCCGCUAAAGCCCCUGGACCAGAGGGAGCCACUGCUCCAUCAUCGCCCAGUGCGAACGAACAGAGGAAUGCUGGGAAGGAAGUGAUGUCAACCAGUGCCAGUAAAGGGGCAGCAGACAAGCCAUCGAGAACAGGUGAGACAUCGGCACCACAGGCCAUACCUUCUACUGGGGCCAUAGCAGCGGUCCCCGUCGGUGACCCCGUCGGUCAGCGGGCGACCAAGGAUCUGGUGCUUCGGCGAGCACGUCAUCAGCAGAUGUCUAGUGAUGGGGAGAAACGCACCUCGCGUCCCAGUAACAAGGUCAUCAAAUCUGCAUCUACCACUGCGUUGUCUGUCAUCAUUCCUGGAGGUACAGUUCAGCCUCCAAUCGCACUUGAGCAGCACGGUAGCUCUCCACUGGCCAGUCCUAUGUCUCCACGGUCUCUCUCGUCCAACCCCUCAUCGCGAGACUCCUCUCCCAGCCGUGAUUACUGCCCCACAGUCACGGUGCUCCGUUCACCGAUCACCAUCCACCGCUCUGGCAAAAAGUAUGGGUUCACACUCCGUGCCAUUCGGGUUUACAUUGGAGACACUGAUGUCUACAGUGUGCACCACAUAGUCUGGCACGUGGAGGAUGAAGGCCCUGCCCACGAGGCAGGACUAGGUGCUGGUGACCUCAUCACUCAUGUCAAUGGUGAAUCUGUGCAUGGAUUGGUCCAUACUGAAGUGGUAGAGCUUAUACUUAAGAGUGGAAACAAGGUGACCUUGACCACCACUCCCUUUGAGAACACAUCCAUUAAAGUGGGACCCGCACGCAAGUCCAGUUACAAGUCCAAAAUGGCUAGACGCAGCAAGAGGCCGGUGAAAGAGGGACAAGAGAGUAAGAGGCGUGGAUCUUUGUUCCGCAAAAUAACUAAGCAGUCCAACCUGCUGCAUACAAGCCGUAGUCUGUCGUCUCUAAACCGGUCCCUGUCAUCCAGCGAUAGUCUUCCAGGCUCUCCAACACACAGCCUGUCUGGUCACUCCCCCACCCAGAGCUACCGCCCAACCCCUGAGUCGUCCCACCUUGGUGGCUCCUCCCAGAACAGCUCACCUGCCUCCAGUACCCCAAAUUCCCCUGCAACAACCCAGCAUAUGAGGCCCAGCUCCCUGCAUGGACUGUCCCCGAAACUACACCGCCAAUAUCGUUCAGCCCGCUGCAAGUCUGCCGGCAACAUUCCUUUGUCUCCGCUGGCUCAUACUCCAUCGCCAACUCAAUCCUCACCACCUCCUUUGCCUGGACACACAAUCGGAAGCUCCAACACCACACAAACAUUUCCUGCCAAACUACACUCGUCCCCACCGAUCAUAAGGCCUAGACCCAAGAGCGCAGAGCCACCCAGAUCACCGCUACUCAAAAGAGUGCAGUCAGCAGAGAAACUUGGGUCACCGCUUUCAUCUUCCUCUGAAAAGAAAGGAGGGAUUGGGAUGAUGAGGAAGCACAGUUUGGAGGUUGGACAUUCGGAUUAUAGAAAGGAUGGUUUCCACUGUGAGCUUGGCCUGCAGAGUUUGGUGGAAAUAGAGGGUGAGAAUCUGGUAUCUGCCCCAACAACUUCUCCUUCGCCCACACAACCGACCCCGUCACCGCCUGAAACGGGCGUUCUGAAGCCGGUCAGGAAACUGGGCCGGCAGGAGUCACCUUUGAGUAGAGAUGCUUUGCUUGCUGGGAGGGAAAGGGAUAGAGACAAGGAGAGGAUUGGCGAACCAAGUCAAGCUAGUGAGGCUAAAUCAGGGGUCAAAGAGACACUCCCUCCUGGUGGCAUUACUCCACCUGGUAGUAACAAAUCUCCAAGUGUUGAAACAUUUCAGCGGCCGCCUUUCACUCUACAGGAAAGUUGCCUAGCCAAACCCCAAACUUGGCAGCCUCCAUUGACCAAAUCUUCUCCAGUAGCAUCAGAGUCAAAGUGUAGUGUAGUUGCCUCCAUUCCAUCGCCCCUGACCACAGCGUCUUCCCCGUCGGCCAAAACAACAGAUCCAAGUUUCAUCACGGAAGCAGGGAAUAAUGAUAAAGGAAGUCUUACAAAGAUUCUCCAAAACCAGGCACAAGGAACCACUAAGCCAUCAUGCUCUGUGAGUACAUCAGGUGUUCUCAGCAAAGACAUGUUGGAAAAAGAAGGGGGAAAGGAUACUAAGAAGAAAGAAGUGAAAACAGAAGUUGGGAAGACUUCAACUUUAGUCAAGCCAAGCAUACCAUUUAGUGCUCCUGGGAGGACAACGAGCACAGAGGUAACCAAAGCAAGUAAGGGAUCAGGUGACGGAGAGGGUCUCAAAAAGGAUCCCUAUACCAGAACUUUAGAUGUCAGGGGGAGAACUGCCUUAGCCCCUUCCAAAGGGGUUGUCCCAUCCCACCCACCCCAGGCGCAGUGCUCUGUUUUGGGAAAACUUCGGCAGGACAAGUGCCUGGCUCCGGUCAGCUGCUACCGUGGAACAUUUGAUUGGGAGGAUAAAUGUCUCUUGGAGAUCGUUGAGGAACACUCUCCAUCUCCUACUCCUUCUCCAACUGGAGUGCCUCCUGAUCUGCCCAAAUCUCAACCUCAGUCUCCUGGGGAAAGAUCUGGUAUGGCUCCACAGUUGACAAGCACUGGGAAAUCUAUUGGGGUUGUUAAAGAGGGGCCCAAUGCCAAAGAGUUGGAGGUCACCCAGGCUUGUGCACCAGGAAGAUUUGAGUCUGCUUCUGGGAGUAGACAAAGCUCCAAAGGAUUCAGUCAGGGUCCAACUAUCACCACUCCACAGGUGAAGACUGUCGUUACUCCUAAGAAUGGCUCUUGAUCUUGUGCUUUUUGGAAAGAUAGAUGCCUUUAUAGGGGCUAUAACAGAAUUCAAUGUUUCCAGGCACUUAGACAUUUAGUGGACAUUCCAGCCAGUAAAAACAAGUGACUAAAUAAUAUUAUGCUGAACAAAGGACAAUAACUCCAAGGUUAUUUUGAAGGCUGUUAUUCAUUGUACAUGCAGAGCUGUGUCAGAAAAUUAUGAUAGAUGUAUUAUACAAGAAUGUGUGUUGGGUGUUUGUGAGAACGUGAAUGGGUGCAUGUUUCGUGGUGCUUAUGCAACAAGGUAAAAACAAACAACAAAAAAACAAGCGCAAAGUGCAUUAACAGAUCAAACAAUGCUGAAUACUGUGAACACCAAAACAAUGUUCCUAUAUUUUCUAACUUCCUUAAAACACACAAAAAAACUGAAAAGGUAAUAUCAUAUCAAGUUUUUGUCAUCAUCAAGGACAAGUACCUGAUUCAGGAGUUUUGCAUUAGCAGCUAGCAUUCCCUAAUAAAAUUCACACUUAACCAAUUCUUUCAUUAUACUGAAUUACAAAUGCUGAAUGUUGAAGUUGUUGACAUUUUAUUGAUGUGUUAGUUCUAUUUUAAACCAAGGUUUGCAUAAGCAUUCGGUCUUUUCGGGCAAUGAUAGCUUGAUCCCUUCUGAGGUAAAAGUCCAUUUAUGGCAAGUCGGUGCAUUCGCCAGCCACUUUAAUAUCGUAAAUUUAUCGUCUUUAGCUAAAUUUAGCUAUUUUUAU